CUUUAUCGAAUUAGUCAUCUUUCCAUUCCUUUGUGGUUUUUUAAUUAUACUUAUAACCAUUCCAGUCUUUCCUAAUACAACUAUUUCAAAUCGAUUAGACCUUUAUAGUGUUUCGCCUUAUUCAACAGUUUUAAUUACUUGGCUGGCUGGUACUUGUUUUAUGUUCACCUUUGCUAUUUUGGUUUCUACUUGUAGGGAAUCUCUUAGGUCUGGUGUUUGUUGGUGGAUCCGAGAUCCUUCUGAUGAUCGAUUUAAUCCGAUACGAGAAAUCUUAGAAAGACCGGCAUGGAGUCAAGUAAAGAAGAUCUUAGCAUCCGCAUUAAUGUAUGGAACAGUGAUCGCAUUAGGAAUCGGAUCGAUUGUGAUAAGUUUAAUGACCUUUAUAGGUUGUUUACCACUCAGAGUACAUUUAGACCGAUCCAUCUCCAACUCUGCAAUCGAUUUAGUCAUCUAUCAAACUGGUUUACCGAUUUUCAUUUAUUGGAUUCAACCUAGAAAUCAACUAAAACAAACAUUACAGAUCAUAAGUAAAAAAGUAGCUAAAAGAUUCAGAUUGAGUUGUUUUCUUUAUGGAGAAAGAGAAAUUGAAGAAGAAACCAAAUUAGAAGUGAUGAUUAGAAUGCCAGGUAGAGAACCAAUUUUGAAAAAACCUAGGGCUUGGUAUUCAGUAAUGAGAUUCUUUGAAGAUGAUCAACACAAUUGUGCUUCAGAUCAAAUUGAAUCAUUAGAAGAAAUCCAACCUGGUACUACUAUUGAAAGAAGAAGAAAAUCAGCAGGUGGAUCGUUUGCUAGAGUCCCAGGAACAGAUUCAGUCAAAGUUGUACCUGGAAGAAAGAUGCAUAUACCAGUGCUUGCGAAUGGAACGCCAAUCAAUCCAGCUGAUGAACUUUUAAUUAUACAACAAAAAGCAGAAGCUCGAGCUGAAACUGGACGUGAUGUUGAUCAUUAUACUGUAGUUUAUCUACCACCAUUCUUUAGGAUCAGGAUGAUUGGAUAUGUGAUUUCGAUGUGGAGCAUUGGUGUAACCUUUGGUUGGUUAGGGAUUGGAAUUCCAUUGAUGGUUGGUAGAUUGAUAUUUGAUAGAGUGAUUAUGGUUCAUGGAAGAGAACCUCAUGAUGUUUAUGCUUAUGGGAUUGGAUCAUUAGUAGUAGCUGUCAUUGGUAAAUUUAUUAGGAAACUCAUUACAUUUAAUCGUACAGAAGAAACAGAAGAAGUAGAAAUCAAGGAGAAAAUCAAUUGGUAUAAAAAGUUGAUUCAAAUGAUCAAUCUAAUUGGAUUUAUAUUUGGAGUUGGUUUUCUAUUGCCGAUUUUAUUAACAGGUUUCAUUGAAUUAUACUUUUUAGGACCUUUGAAGCCUAAAGGAUUAGGAAUUCCUACGAUUUAUCUAGUACAAACUUGGGCUUAUGGUUGUAUUUAUUUGUCUAUUGCGGCUAGAUUAGCUAGAGUGGUACCUAAUUGGGUGUCGCGUGCUCAAGAUGAGGUGUUGGCAUGUUGGAAUCGAGGUGAAAUUUUAGAAGGAAUUCAAAUUACAAAUCUUAAAAUAAUCUUACCAAUCACAAUUAAAAUGAUCUUAGCCAUAAGUUUACCAACAGGAAUUUUAGGACCGAUUUUGUUAAUCAUACCAGAAAGAAGAUUAAAAUUUAUAAUGAGAUUAAUUGGAUGGGGAGAUGAAUCAAUUAAAAAAGGAGAAUGUAUUUAUUUGAUGAUAAGAUCAGCUUAUCCUGCAAUCCUUAGUUGGUAUUCUCAUUAUCUUACUUCUAAAAUUUGUGCUAAAGGAAUUGGAAAAUGGAUUGAAAAAGUUAGAGAUGAAAAGUUUUUGGAAGAAAGGAGAUUGAAAAAUUAUGAUGUUGAAAAUGGUGUAGAGAAUAAUGGAAAAGAUUUGAAGAAGAAAAAGAAAAAGGAAGAUUUAAAUAAAAAGAAAGAUGAUGAUGAUGAGAUUAUUAUAAAUGAAUAAAGAGUUUUUUGGGGGGUUAGAGAGAGAGAGGAAAGGAAGAAGUUGAAGGAGUUGGAUUUUUUCUUUUGUAGCAUCACUCUCAUUAGUAAUCUUUUUCAUAUUUAACAAGGUUUAUUCAAUUUUUUUUGUUCUUUUGCUUUUUUCAAUUUGGAAGAGAAAGAUGGUAGUAGAUUAUAUAUAUAUAUAUAAAUUGGAGAUGAUAAGAAGCAAAGUUGAAGAUAAAGGAGGGUGUUUCUAUUAUUCAGAAUUUAACAAUUUUGAAGUUAUGAUUUCAAGAUUAAAAUAUAUAUAUAUGUAUAUAUUUUUCAUUGAUUUUUAUUUUUUUGUAUUUACAUGACAUUUCAAGAGAGAGAGAAAAAUUACACUUUGAAAGUUUUUUUUGCAUUU